AUGACGGAGAGUCACAUGAAUAACAGCUUCGGCUGCCUUGUCACUGACUUUCUGACUGCAGCUGAAGUAGUGACUAAGGUAUCAGAAGGGGAUAUCUACGAAACCCUGAGGAGGAUGGCGGUCAAAAUCAAUACUGAACAAUGGCCACAUCCAGAUUGUCAGAAUGUGACCAAUAUUAUCAUCAACUUGUUGAGUCAGACGAAGCCAGAUAAAAAAAUGGAGGAUUGCUGGACCGGCAUUUUAAUUGCUGUAGGCCUUCGGUCACCGGACAUUAUUGUUGAGAAGCUAUUGGGCACAGAGCAUCAGCCGCCCAGAAGCCUCUUGCUUGCAGCCAAGGAGAUCUGUGACAAUGAUGGGCCCAAGCAGUGCAUUGACCAGCUAUGGGACUACAUCUUGCAUCUUCUGCAGAUGAGUGAUGUGGAAGAGGAUAUGCUGGCCGUCUAUGAAGUGCUCAGGGCAGUGGUGUCCUGUGUCCAGAGGCAGCUGAAUGUGAAGGCUAGUGCUGAGGAGGAAUUGGCGUUCCUCAAGAAAGCUGCCAUCAAAUCCUGUGACACUUUUCAUCUCUUACGUUACCAUUGGCCCCAGGCCCACAAACCCGAGGUUGUCCAGGAAAUUCUGCAGCUGUUUGGAAACCUUGUGUCCCUAAUGCCGGUUUAUGAAGUAAAGGACGAAACUGACUGGUUAAUAGAAAAGUUAACACAUUUGCCGAUCAACAUGACUCCGUACAUCCAAGAGUGUGUACUCCAAGUGCUGGACGCUGUGCUCAGUAAGACGGGGGGUUUCCGCAAGGGCUCUCAGGUGGACAGCACCAUGUUCCUCCUGUUCAAGCUGCUCCAUAUAAGUGGCACAGGCUCAGAUCGGAGCCCCAUCUGGAGAUCUUUCUUGGCCCUGAUGCCCAAGACGGAUGAGGUGAAGAGUGAGGUGGUACGAUCAGUGAUUGCAUUGAUUCAGCGGGACAUCAGAUCAGUGCGCUUCCCUCUCCUGCAAUUUAUUGAGGUGCUGAACCGGCAUGACUACUUGGAGAAUCAGGAGGGGAAUAACCUCAUCUACCAUCUCAUCAGGCUAACUUUUACUGGACGUUCGGUCAAAAGGAGCUUCCGGCGGAGGUGUACAGAGGUCCUUAAAACGAUCUCACUGCCUCAGCUCAUCACCGUCGUCUGUCACCCUAAAAACGAUGCGAUUUUUGUGCCCAUGAGCAAAAUCCUGUUGGAAAAGGCUUCAAUGGCCCUUUCCCUGGGCAACAUCCCCUACCUCAGCAGCUCUCACCUCAAGCCCACUCAGUUCAUCUCCCCACAGAAACUCCUGUUUCAUCUUGUGAUAAUCGCCUCCAAAUCUUACCGAGAGAAAGGACUGGGAAUAAGUGCUCUCAAGUUACUGGGAGUAUUAUGCCCAAUGACACUGGAUCCUGACAUCCACUCCAGUGUCAUGGUGUUCUGCUCGAAGAAGAUCCCUGAACUCUUGUACAUCCUGAGAGAUAAUAAUAGGCUCAUGCUGAACAAAAAGGAAUGGGCGCAGAGGCUGCUGAAGUUUUCCAGGUUGCUGUUAAUGACCAUAAACAGUGAAGAGUGGCUGGGGCGACUCCUCCUAGUCAUCAUGGAGAAGAUCAAUUGCUCAAACACAUUCUAUUUAAAGAACAAGGCUUUCCUCUAUAAAUUCUUUGGCUCUACACUGAGGGCGUCAAGAGAAAAGCAACUGGUGAAUACGAUGGUCUUUUCCCUCCUGCAAACAUCGCACCUGGAACCAAGCAAGAGGAAGGGCAUUGCAGUGGCGCUCAGGGUCGCGUCCAGAAGCCAUCUGGAGACAAUCCUGGACCAGCUGCAAGCUUAUAGUACUGUGCUCACGGACCAGAAUUCAUCACCCAUCCUCGAUGUGACAAAGGACCAUCAACAGAGGGAAUGGGGGCUGGUGUGCGACACCAUCUAUUCCAGCUUCGGCAAGAUCAUUGAAGACAGCAGGAAGGACGUCUUGAGUCAUGUUGAUGGCAUCCUGGCUUUGGCCCUAAAGACCUACCAGGACUCCAUCAUAGUAAAGGACACCAACAUGAAGCUGGACUACCUGGACGCCCUGACCAAAAUGACAACCGCCUUAUGCAACCAGGCCUUGGACCCUGAUACUCAGUUCCCCUCUGCACAGGAACUGGAGCGCCUUAUGGUGACUGAAAUAAGUUUCGCCAAAUUGGAAAGCCUGGUCAAGCUGCUGGCCCUGCGCUGCCACGAUGAAGUGGAUAACAUCUGCGUCCUGUCCUCUCAGGCUGCCUACCACCUCUACCGCAUUCUUCUGCACCAAAAGCGAGAACUAGGAACCAGCGCCCAGAUUAGCUCAGGUAGGGGGAGCCAGAAGUACCAGCCUAUUUCUCCCCUGUUUCAGGCAUUUGCUGAGUUCUUCAGCGAGACUCAGCUCACCAACUUAGUGCUGGACGCUCUGAAGUCUGUGAUGGAGAGCGAGGCCACGGUGUCUCUCACUGUAACCCAGCUGAUGAGUGCCAUCAUGAAGGAGAGGGGCGGAGACAUGCUGCAGACUGAGGAAGUGGCGAGAGGCAUCCUGAGUCAUCUCGAUUCCACGCUGGAGCCCCGCAUCAGGGAGGAGCUGCUGCAGGCCAUGUGCUGGCUGGCAGGCCACAGCACCUCCACCGUUGUGGCCCUGCUGCUCAGCCAGCCUCUGCCCUGGGACAGAACCCAGUUUGGCAUAUGGAAGGCGUUUGGCACUGACCGGGAAACCGCAGCUCGCGUCCUCCAGAUGUUGGCGAGCAUCUUGGCCAAGAGAGACCCCAACACCGAUAGCAGGGAGAUGGACUUGCAGCACAUGGCGGUCUCCUGCGCAUUACUGGCUAUCUUAGCAGACUCAGUCUGCCAGGAGGCUGUUCAGAGACUCUAUCCCCAACUGCUGCUGGGUCUGCUCUGUGGUAUAUACUGGACAGCCGGAAAGAAUUCUCCCGAGCAGAGGGUGGUGUGUAGCAAAAUGGAAGACAGCAAGUCCUUCGAUCCCUUGAGUUGUGCCCUCCAAGCCCUAAGGGCUCUGACAGUGGCUGCGAAUUAUACUACAGUGGUGACAUAUGCAGAUGAGGAGCACUGCUGGGAAAUCCUCAGUUCCCCAGAGUCCUUUCACCUAGGGGUCAUGACACUAAGCAGGGCCAUCGUGAGCAACUGCCCACAACAAGUAAUCAGUGAAAUUCUGGAUUUAGUCAUGAACAUGUUGGAGAGCCAAGAUCCUGGUCAGAAGCUCCUGGCACGAAGUGUCUAUGCAGAGCUCCUUUGCCACAGAGCAGUGGCAGAGGCUCUGGGGCAAGAAUCUUUAAAUACUUUCAUGAAAUACAUCAUUGAGCCUAAUGUCAUACUGAAGGAGAUCGGCGUAAUAGGUUUAAGAAAUCUCGCCCUACACCCCAAAACAGAGACGAAAGAGGUGAGACUCUCAGCCACCUCCGUCCUAGGCGACAUGCUGCAAAAGAUAAAUCAACAUAAACCGGGGUCCUCUUUAAAAAGAGAGAUUCACACCUUCCUAGUUCCACUGCUGCUUAACCUUCAAGAAGAUGACAUCGAUAUGGUCAAGGUGUGUGCAGAGACCCUUGAAAAGUGGAGUGAGAUCAUAAAAUGGAAAUCACUCACCUCUACGUUUAAACAUGGUAGUCUAAGCAACCACAUUCAAGUUAUUGAAGACACCAUCAAGCACCUGGUACACAAAAGAAAAAUGGAGGUGUUGGGAACACUGCUCUUUGAAGCUUUUGAAUUCCUCAAGAGCCCUCAGCCCUUUCUGAGGAUCAGUGCACUGCAAUUGAUAGGAAUCGUAUUAAAGAAUCUGCCUACAAUUCACCUGGAAGAUUCAGAAGUUAUAAAAACUGCUCUCGAAACAGCAAAUGAGUCUGUGCCAGCCAUCCAGGAGUUGACUGCUGCCACUUUGGCAAACCUUAAUCUUAUUCCUGCUCCGAAGAUGGGAAAAAGUUGUCUCAGAAGAUGUUGCAACCUGCUUGUGCCAUCCAGUACAAGCCGCCUUUUCAGCUCUAUAGAUGAGCACGAAAGUGGGAAGAAUAGUAAAAGCAAAAUAAGCCCUAUCCGUGCCUGGUGGCAGAAGCACCGAGGAACCGUAAAAGAUUCCUCGCAAGUCUAGAAGAUGGAAGAGACUAACACUGUUGAUAAAGUUUCUUCCUGCCAGGAGCUUCUCACAGUUUUCCUGAGGUCGUUGCUUCUGCAUUAGGCCUGUGUCCUGCCAGCUGGAUCAUGUCAACCUGGGCUGAUAAGCAACAGCAUGGUGCUGACCCAGAAGGAGGAGAAAUGAAGAAGGAAACAACAGAAGUAGAGAAGCUUAAAUGAAAGAGGAAGUGGAAGAAUCAGCAGCCAUCCAGAGGCUGGAGCCAAAAGGGGAUAACAAGUGAGAAUCGGGAGAUGUGCUGGUGAUCAGUGCCUGCCUGCAGGGUCUCCAGGGCACUGGUCCAACCCUGCUAACCCCCCAGGGGAGCACCCUCAAUGGACCAGCACCCCGUAGAGUCAGCCUGGUGCUCAGGAGGAACGGUAAGGACCCAGCCCCAGUCCAGAGCCCAGUUCCCACCAGAGAAGUGCUGGGGUCAAUGCCUA